AUGGAUACUGGUUCUGAUGACGAUUUGGUAUUGCACACACUAUUGUCUGCGGCACAAGACGUAAUUCGUGAGAGAGGCGAAACUUCACACCGUGAGAAGAAACAUAGAAAAUAUAUCAAUCGGGAUCGAGAGGCGGCACAUGAACUUUUGGUACGUGAUUAUUUUGCCACUGAUAGUCUUUAUGACCUAUCGAAAUUCGAAGAACGUUUUCGUAUUAGUAGAAAUUUAUUUUUACGUAUAGCUUCAGAUUUGGAACGUAAUUAUGAGUUUUUCCAAUUACGAUGGGAUGCUAGAGAGCUUUACCGUGACAUAUACUUGCGACAUCCGACUAAAAGUGAUGUCGAGCAGUUGUAUGACGCACAUGAAGCUAAACAUGGUUUUCCAGGGAUGCUUGGUAGUAUUGAUUGUACACAUUGGGAGUGGGCAAAUUAUCCCAAUGCGUGGUGUGGUCAAUUCACGCGAGGAGAUCACGGGGUCCCGACUGUUAUACUGGAGGUGGUUGUUUCAAACGACCUAUGGUUUUGUCAUGCAUUCUUUGGUAUGACAGGGUCAAACAAUGACCUAAAUGUGCUUCACGCUUCUCUGUUAUUUAACGAUAUUUUGCAGGGUAAAGCACCAGAUAUAUCAUAUGUUGUGAAUGGAAAUGAAUACAAGUAUGAAUAUUACCUAGGUUAUGGUAUAUAUCCAGAGUAUGCUACAUUUGUUAAGUCUUUUCCGUUUCCAGCCGAUGAGAAACGAAAAUUGUUCAAGUUAGCACAAGAAUCUGCACGGAUGGACGUCGAAAGAGCGUUUGGAGUCCUAAAACAAAGGUGA